AUGUCUAGAAGAACCGAAAAACGUUUCCUGACCGAAGCUGAUGAGUACCAGUGCCCACUCUCCGCAGACACACAGAAGGUAGCUGAGGAUGAACUCCGGGAGACUGAGAACUCCAGGUCACAGGCUUUGGCGGCACUCAGGAGCUGGAUGGAGCAAAACCCCAAGUUUAUGGCUAUAAGAAUGGAUGCCAAUUACUUACUGCGGUUCCUUCGUGCGAAGAAGUUCAGCGUUCCCAUGGCUCAGGAGGCUAUCGAGCGCUACAUCUUGCUGCGUCAGUCUUGGGGUAUUGCCUUCAACCAGCUGGACUACAAGCUACCAGUCAUGAUGGAACUUAUUGACCUGGGAUACAUAUUUGUGAGUCCGUUCAAGGACAAGCUCGGUCGUCGCGUUGUCAUAUACAGGCCUGGCGUCUUCGACCCCUACAAGUACACCAACCAGGACAUGUGCAGAGUGAUGGGCAUCUGCUACGAAACCCUGUUGGAAGAUGAAGAGAACCAGGUCCGAGGAGUAGUCCACUACGCUGAUGGCAGUGGUGUCAGUUUCCCCCAUCUCACUUUGUUCACUCCUAAGGAAGCUGUCAGGAUUGUGAAGAAUGGAGAGCGUACUCUCCCGAUGAGACACAAAGAGAUUUACGGAGUCAACGUACAUCCUACAGUCAAGUUUGCACUGGACUUCGGCAUGGGUCUCAUCUCAGAGAAGAUAAAGAAGAGAGUCAAGUUAUACAGCGCUGUAGAAGACGUGGAGAUUGACAAGAGUCUGCUGCCCAAGGAGUAUGGUGGCACCAUGCCGAUGAAGGAAAUGAUUGAUCUUUGGAAAGAGGAGCUUGCUAGCAAACGUGACAUUCUUCUGCUGAACGACAAAAUGGCGGUCCGCCUUGAAAUGUACAGUGAAGCGGCGCGAGAGGGCGCCAUAUCUGCAUUGAAAUCUGGCGCGAACACCUGCGCAGGCGCUGACGCGGUCGGAGACGCCAUGAGAGGCCUCACAGGCAAUUUCAGAAAACUUGAAGUAGACUAA